AUGGAGACACAGAAUCAGAAGAUACAGAAAGCUUCAGUGAACUAAGUCAUCAGAGACUGCAAAAAAAGACACAACAUAAACUUUGAUGAAAAAUAUUUUCUUUACUAUGGUUUUCAGACACAGUUGGUAAAGAUGGAGAAUAUAGUAAGCCACAACAAAGGAAGACGUAGAAACAGUGUCAAAGUUGAUUCAAUAACUUUCAAACCAGUACUAAACUUAGUACUGUGUGGAAGAUUUGGAGCCUGGAAGACUUCAGCAGCCAAUGCCAUUCUCAGAGAAAGAAAUAUUGGUGCACUUGCCAACUCAUCGGACUGUGUUAAAAAUCAGGGAGAGGUGUGCGGACGUUGGGUUUCCCUGGUGGACCUCCCUGCAUUGUAUGGAAAAUCUGAAGAAAACGUGAAGAAGGAAUCACUCAAGUGUAUUUCCGCUUGUGAGCCAGAAGGCAUUCAUGCUUUUAUCUUGGUCCUACCUGUGGGUCCGCCAACUGAGGAAGACAAGAAAGAGUUAGAGGCCAUCCAGAACGCAUUUGGCUCGCGAGCGUAUGGCAUCACUAUGAUUCUGUUCACCGUCAAGUCAGAUCCAAAUUCUCCUGCUAUUGUAAGAUGUCUGAAGGAGAAUUUGCACAUCCAAGCUCUCAUUCAAAAGUGUGGAGAAAGUUAUUUUGUCUUUGACAUUACAGAUAGACAGCAGGUCUUUCACGUGUUGCACACUGUAGAAAAGAUGAGAACGAGUGCUGGUGAAUCCAGAUCUUUCACAAAAGGAAUGAUAGCAGAGUCCGAGGCAAAUGAAGUUGAAAAACAAAAACAGGAGAGUGUAGAGAGCGAGGACUGUCUCAGGAUGGUGCUGAUUGGGAAGACUGGCUGCGGAAAAAGUGCAACUGCUAACAGUAUUUUGGGCAAAGAGUGCUUCGAAUCUAAAGCCAGCCCAAAUUCAGUGACUGUGGUUUGCCGGAAAGAAACAGCUGAGAUUGAUGGACGGCAUGUUGUCAUAGUUGACACCCCCGGCUUGUUCGAUACAACUCUGGGUAAUAAAGAAGUUAAAGAGGAGCUUGUGCAAUGUGUCACCUUGAUGGCUCCAGGGCCUCACGUUUUCCUGUUAUUGCUGCCGAUCGGCCGCUUUACACAAGAGGAGAGAGAUACUGUUGAACUGAUCAGGGAGUUUUUUGGUGAGAAGUCGGGAGACUACAUCAUUGUUGUAUUCACCAGAGGAGAUGAACUUAGAAAUCAAACAUUUGAGAGUUACAUUGAGGAAGACAGAGGAGGCUAUGUCAAAAAACUGCUCGUUGACUGUGGAGGAAGAUACCAGGUCUUCAAUAACAAAGAUAAGUCUCGUGGUCAAGUAAGAGAGCUACUGGGCAAAGUUGAAUCGAUGGUGAACAGAAAUGGUGGCGACUGUUACACCUCCGAGUUGUUCCAAGAAGCUGAGGGAGCCAUUCAAAUGGAAGUGAAGAGGAUCCUGAAGGAAAAGGAGCCAGAGAUGAUGGACUUUGAAAAUAAAUGCAGAGAAGAAAUGGAGGCGAAGAAAAAAGAAUUGGCAGAACUGAUGACCAAACCCGAACAAGACAGAGAAACCAAAGAAAUCCAGGAACUGGCAGAAUACAUUAAAAAGGAAGAACAUAGACUGAAGCAAAAACAAGAAGAGAGAAAAGCAGAGGAAAAGAUGAAAAAACAUGGAGCUGAAAAACAACAAACUGCUGACAAAGAGUUGAUGCAGAACAGAGAAGAGUCAAGCCAAGAACAAGAGCAACAAGAGUUAAGGGAGAAGCAAGACAGGAAAACGUUUGAGAAGCGAUACAAAGAAGAUCAAAAGAGACGAGCUGAGCAAAAACGACUUAAAAAACUCAAACAAGCAAAUGAGCAGAAACUCGAAAGCUAUGAAAACAAAACAAAAGAAGACGAUCAAAUCAGGAGAGAACAUGAGGCAAAGGAAUUCAAAUUAUUAGAAGAACUCUACAUGGUAAAGCGAGAGGAAAAAAGGAAGAUGACUGAAGAGGAGGCCAGGAGGCAAGCCGAAGAAUGCAAUGAUUUUAGACACAUCUAUGCCAAGGUUGGUUCAGCCGAGAUGGACGAGAAUGGACAAGAAAUGGACGAGGAUCCAAAGGGGAAGCAACAAAACCAAAACGACAUCAUAAAAAAGCUGCGCAAAAACAGAAUAUACCAGAAAAACUUAAAGGAAUUGAAGAAAAAACAAGAACAAGAAAUGAAUGAGCUGAAAUCAAGGCUUUUCCUGCAUGACACAGAAUAUCUGAUCAAAGAAAUGAGUGAGCUCGAGAAGAAGCAUGUAGAGGAACUACAAAACUGGAUUCAAUUUCAUGUGAAAAAAGCCAGUGAAAACAAGGCUUGUCGCAUUCUUUAAGGUGUUUUCUUGCCCCGAACAGCUGCACACUUUCAGCUGCAAAACUCUGAGCUUUUGCUUGAAACACUUAAAAGUUUAAGUGAGAUUGAAUGUGUAUGUCAUAUUGAACUGGUGUGCACUGUUGUUCAUAAAGCAUUACUUUAUUUAGCAAUGUCUGACAUAAAAAUAACAAUAUGAUAAACAAUUGUUGGUACUGGUAUUGUUUUAAGUGUAAAU